GCCAAUCAGCGUUCGUUCUUCAAGCCGGGCAUUGACCAGCACAUUGGUUGCGAUCUAUACAUGUGGAUUUCAUGUUGCUGCUAAGAGAAAGUUGAAGAGCGAUAAAAUACUAGUUUAUUCUCUAACGUUUUUGUCAUAUGUCGCCAUGUCUUCAUCAUUUUUCAUAAAGACGAAAGGGAACCCUAAAACAACUAAGAAAGGCAAAGAAACAGCAGCGGUAAAGCGGAAGGCUGAUGGAGACUCUGGUGGGCAGGGCAAAAUACGAGCAAAGAAACCCAGCAAAAAAUACAGCGAAGAGAUUUCCAGUGAAUCUGAGGCGGAGAGUCCUGCAGUGUCCAAGAAGAGGCAGGCCAGUGAGGAGAUUGAGUUUGAGGAAACUCCACAGGAGAAGAAGCUCAGAUUAGCUAAAUUUUACCUUGAACAACUAAAAGAAGAAGAGGAAAAGAAAGCUGAAGAUGAGGCAUUUGAGACAGAUCUGAUAGCUGGACGACUUCAAGAAGAAGUGCUUGAACAGAAAGGAAAGCUCCAGCGUCCUAUUGCCAAAGACCUCAUACCACCAGAUACUUCUGAGAUCAGGGUGUUAAGAGGUCACAAACUUCCGAUUACGUGUCUGGUCAUUACUCCUGAUGACAGAUGCAUUUUUUCCGCUGCCAAAGACUGCUCCAUCAUUAAAUGGGAUAUUGAAAGUGGGAAGAAACUCCAUACAAUACAUGGUGGGAGAAAAGGUACAGAGGAUCGCCAUGUGGGACAUACAGCUCACAUCCUGUGUAUGACCAUAUCAUCAGAUGGGAAAUACCUGGGCACAGGAGACAUGAACAAACUGAUAAUGAUUUGGGAAGCAGAAACGUGUAAACAUCUUUAUAAAUUUACAGGACACAAAGGUCCGGUGUCGGGUCUUUCAUUCAGGAAAGGAACUCAUGAUCUGUACAGCGCCUCUCAUGACCGCUCAAUCAAGGUGUGGAACGUAGACGAGAACGCAUACGUGGAAACUCUCUUCGGCCACCAGGACGCAAUCACUGGACUGGACAGUCUGAGCCGUGAACGCUGUGUCACUGCGGGUGGGCGAGACGGCACUGUGAGAGUGUGGAAGAUAGCCGAGGAGUCUCAGCUGGUCUUCCACGGACACGAAGGUUCGAUCGACUGCGUCCAGCUUAUAAAUGAGGAGCACAUGAUAACAGGAGCAGAUGAUGGCUCAGUGUCUCUUUGGAGUGUCAACAAGAAGAAGCCUCUCGGCACAGUGAAGCGGGCUCACGGCUGCCAUGGCGAUUCGGGGCUGGAGCAGCCUCAUUGGGUGGCCUCGGUGGCCGCACUUCAAAACUCGGAUACUGUAGCCUCAGGUGCCUCUGGCUGUUCUCACAACUCACAGGUGAAUGUGUGGAAAUGUGGCCAGAACUACCGUGGACUGGAGCUUCUGUUUAGUGUGCCAGUGUCCGGUUUCAUCAACAGUCUGAAGUUUUCAAGCUCCGGGCAGUUCUUGGUGGCCGGAGUUGGACAGGAGCACAGAUUGGGACGAUGGUGGAGAUUGAAAGAAGCCAAAAAUGGAAUCUAUAUCAUUCCUCUGAAAAGAAAACCAUCUAAUGCAGAAGAAGCAAAACAGACAAAAUAAUGAACUUUUUUGUAAAUUAAAUGUUUAAGACUGACUGUAAAUUCCUUUGUUUUCUUUAUUUUUUUAAGCAGUUUGAAAACCUGAAGGGUGGUUAUUUAGCCACUGAUUAAACGUUCCCCCGUGGUUGCUGUUUUUAUAGAAUUGCAGCUUCCACUUCUGUGAAAGAACCACAGCUUUGUGGAUACAUUUGACUGCAGCUGGAUGGAUAAAAGGUGUGAGGAGGCUGCAUGGUAGGAGUUAAACCAAGACCCACUCUUUGUCCAUCCACAGUAACUGCCUUUCUGCAGGUUAUUCAGAGAGUAAAGUAUGAACAAGGUCUCAACUUCCCAGAAGAUUCUUUGUUGAUAGUGAACCUUUUUAAGUUCUUGAUGUAAUUUUGUUAAGGCAAAUAAAUUAAACUUCUGACACUGAAAA